AUGAACUCAUACAACGCACCUGCACCGCAGGAGUAUGCUGGAGAUGAGAUUAAUGCUCUGGUCCUCGAUCCCGGUUCCUUCACCACUCGCGCCGGCUUUGCUGGAGAAGACACUCCCAAGUCCGUAGUUCCCUCCGUCUAUGGUUCUAUUGCUGGCGCCGAUGCCGACUCAAAAUCGCGUUACCUCUUUGGCGAAAAUGCCAUUCACAACCCUCAACCGCACAUGGAAAUCCGUAGUCCCUACGACGCAGACGGCAUCGUCGAGGACUGGGACGCUGCUUCAAGACUGUGGGAAUACAGUAUCACCUCGCGCUUGACUGGUGCCCGACCUACACCCGCUGCCAAGAACGGCCUUAACGACGAUAAAAAGGAAGGAGACGAAGCUGGAGACGGCGACGGUGAUGUUGCUAUGGAGGGCAUUGAGGAGCAAGAGAAGCCAAUGAGCGAACACCCUUUGCUCAUGUCAGAGCCUGCUUGGAAUCCUGCGAAGCACCGCGCUAAGUGCAUGGAAAUCGCUCUCGAAGAUUGGGGUGCUCCUGCCUUCUGGCUAGGCAAGACCGGUGUUCUGGCAGCAUUUGCCUCUGGCAAGCCUAACGCGCUAGUCAUUGACAUUGGCGCCAGCACCACCUCAGUCACUCCUGUGCAUGAUGGAUUCGUUCUCAAGAAAGGCAUUCAAAAAUCAUCACUGGGCGGCAACUUUGUCUCAGAACAACUGCGCCUGCAAUUCUCCAAGAUGGAUCCCGUGGUCUCUCUAACGCCUCACUUCAUGGUGAAGUCAAAAUCUCCUGUUGAUGCUGGACAAGCACCAAACGCUUCAUACAUCAAGUUUGACGUUCCACCGACAGACUCGUUCAGAAAGAACGAAGAAGAGCGUAUCUUCACAUCGUUCAAAGAAAGCAUGGUACAAGUCUGGCAAGGCCCUGGCAAACUCGAUCUGACAGAUGGCAUGGGCAACCACGUCAAUGUUGAUUCGGUCAAGACUCUGCCUCCACGACCUUUCGAAAUGCCAGACGGCUGGAACCAGGUCUUUGGUAUUGAACGCUUCCGAGUCGCCGAGGGGUUAUUUGAUGCCAAGGCAGCACUCACCGACGACAGUCACCCUACGCCAGAUCAAAAGCACACAAUCACAGCAAUGGUCCAGGCUGCUUUGGCUGCUGUAGAUGUUGAAAUUCGACCAGUGCUUUUGAACAAUAUUGUCCUCACCGGAGGUGGCAGUCUGCUCGAUAAGCUCGCAGAACGUCUUCACGGAGAGCUCUCGGCACUGUACCCUAACCCACGUGUGAGAGUUCAUGCAAGCAACAUUGUGACUGACAGAAAAUACGGAUCGUGGGUCGGUGGUAGCAUUCUCGCAAGUUUGGGCACUUUCCACCAGAUGUGGAUAUCCAAGAAGGAAUACGAGGAGCACGGCUCUAGCAUCAUCGAGAAGCGAUGCAAAUAA